CCUUGUUUAGCGCUAAGACGGAGCACGAGGUUUAAUGGCAAACAUUGAACUGUGGCACUUGUGGCAAUGCUACAUAGCGUGCAAAAUCUGGAAAGUUGGUGGCACCAAUGUGGCUAAAUGUGGCUAAACCGGGAUUGCUUUAUCUUUUAUCUCUUAUCUCUUAUGAUGUGUCUGUGUGUUCAUCUCUCACUCUUACUCAACGGGUCUAUUGGCUUCUUAGCUUUAACUUUAUCAAACAAUAUAAUUAUUAUAUAAAUUUUGCCCCCUGGAUAUUUUUAGCGUUAACGAUUGAGAUGCUUCUAGGAAUCAAGAAUCCUCAUCCAUGGAUAUCAUUAGCAAGUUUGACUACCUGCCCACAUAGUAAACUAACCUUCGGUGAGAACCAACUCUUUAGCCGCAUUGCCACGCCCAUACCAAUUAGCGAAGUUGCUUUUAUAGCUUCACCCUUCUCGACAUAGAACGCACACCUAGCUUCGUUGGAGAUCUGCCGAUCUGCUUGAGAGUUAAAUGAGGCGAGAUGCGACUUGGGAAGUGAAAAAUGACCAGUUUCCGCGCCCGAUUCGUUGGGUGAUUAUUCUAUCCCCGCUCACCUCCCCUCCACAUUGACGGUUCACCCCGCG